UUCAAGAAGUUUUUGUUAAAAUUAUGCUGUAACCCCAGAGGUUAUCAAAUCUGUUUGAAAACAUAUAUAAAUGGACUUAUUUUUCAUCACAAUCAGUCUUGUGUCCAACAUCAACAUGAAAUUUCUGCUUUGCAUUUUCGCCCUUGUUGCAGUUGCCACUGCACAGGUGGUAGACAUCGACAACAGAAUGUCCUUGCAAGAACUGGUGGCCCAGCUGCGCAUGGAACAGAAGUUCCAACAGGUCAGUGAAAAAUUCGAAGAAGUCUGUCCCGGACGCGGCGACGACAUCAAGGAAGGACUGUGGGCUGUGGUGAAAUGCGAGUCCGAAAUCGAGAAGAAGAACGAGACCAUCUGCACGUCCAUCAAGAACCACUUCAUGGAAUGCACGAAACAGGUGCGCGGCGUCAUGAGGGACUGCGUUCCGGCGCACAGCAAAGACAUACCCGACUUGGUCUUCAACUCCAUCACCCGCGGUUUCGCCCACGUGUGCCGCAUGGACGGCGAACACAUCUUUGAGUUGGGCAACAAGUGCAUCUCGAAGAAUUUGGAGUCGAGAAGCACGUCGACAUGUCUCAGACGUGUCAUGACCAAAAUGCAGGAGUACACGAAGAACACCCCGACCAAGGGGCAGCUCUGUCAGUUCGCCAGCUCUCUUAAGGGCUGUCUGCAGAUCCACUUGAGCAACUCCUGUCAAAAUCCGAUCACGCAGGAGGCCUUCAUUGGCUUCUACGACGCAAUCCUUACAACUUGUAAUCAAUAUAAUUACGUCGAUUCCAACGAUUUAGUUGAACGCUUCUAAUGGUAAUUAGAUAAAAUUUUGUUGUGUAAAAGAGUCAGUAGGUCAAACUAUAAGCAAAACCUAAUUUAGAUAAGAUUAUUUUAAUUUUAUUUGCCAAUAGUGAUAAUGAUGAUAGUGUUUUUACAGGACGGACGAAGUAACCAAAACAAAAGCCAUUUAUUGUAUAUAUUAUAUGAAUAUGUUUAAUAAUGUUUAUAAACAAAUAUAAUUUAUUAAACUAC